CGUGCACAUCGUGUGCGCGCAGGACCCUUCCCUACACUACAAGACAGUACCAAACCCAGCCUGGAGCCUGACGCAAGGUAGCGCACCCAGAGAACAGAGAGAGAGAGAAGAUGGACGGAGUGGGAUCGUUCGGAGCGGGCCUGGCGGGUGCUGCCUUCGACCCGGUUUCCUUCAUCAAGCAGCCGACCACCAUCCUCAGGGUCCUGUCCUGGGUAUUCUCCCUGGUGGUGUUUGCCUCUAUAGUGAAUGAGGGCUAUGUGAACCUGGGUAGUGAACGUCUCCACUGCGUGUUCAAUAAGAACGCUGAUGCGUGUAACUACGGAGUGUUCUGUGGUUUGGUGGGCUUGUUGCUGUGCUCCUUCUUCUUCCUGUUGGAUGUGAAGUUUCAACAGAUCAGCUCUAUAAAGGACAGGAAGAAGGCUGUGAUGCUGGAGGUGGGGGUUUCAGGUUUCUGGACGUUCCUGUGGUUUGUGAGUUUCUGUUUCCUGGCCAAUCAGUGGUCUAGGACCGCCCCUGAGGACCUGCCACUCAACCAGGGGGCUGACGCAGCCAGGGCAUCUAUCGCCUUCUCAUUCUUUUCCAUCCUCACUUGGGCUGGUCUGACGGUGCGUGCAGUCCAGAAAUAUCUCCUGGGAACAGACAUGACCCUCUUCACCACCGACCAUCUGGACGGAGUCGUGCCGGUAACACCAUACCCCCCCACCACCACCGGGGGCACCAUCGAGCCCAGCGACAACUACCAGAGCCCCCCGUUCACAGAGGGGCUGGAAGCCCCUGCCCCCACAUACCAGGUCCCCAUAUACUAGUCCCUCCCUGUCCCCCUAGUCCCUCCCUGUCCUCAUAUACUAGUCCCUCCCUAGUCCCCAACUCCCUGUCCCCACAUACCAGGUCCUAUCCACUAGAGAACAAAGUGCUGAAAGUGCUGAAGGGGACCUAGUUACAUGUACAGUCCCUCCAUGGUAAUGUUUUUAAGAGGAUGUUCUGUUCUUGGGUUCGGUGUUACCUGCAUGUUCUGUAAGACUGACUAAGUGCCAAACUGUCUUGUGUGUCUGACAGUGACUGUAGAUAGUAACUUUCACCACUAUGAUGUUAACGUGACCAAGUGCAAUAUCUCCCUCCACCCAGUAGCCACUCUGCCGACCAGUCAUACACUAUUCCCUAUGUAGUGCAUCAAUGAUGGCCAGCUGAGCCUUUACCACCAGUGCACUUUGUAAGGUAAUAGUGGUUUCAGAUGCCCCCUAAACUAAUGUGUGCAAACAUCACAGAAGAUUCUGGCUUGUUUAUGUUUACAUUCUAGAAGUGGUUUGUUUACAUUUAGAAGCUAUUUAUUUACCUUUUAGAAGCAGUUUGUUUACAUUCUAGAAGCUGUUUGUUUACGUUCUAGAAUCUUUUUAUGUUUCUUUUCUAGAAGCUGUUUGUUUACAUUCUAGAAGCCGUUUGUUUACGUUCUAGAAUCUUUUUAUGUUUCUUUUCUAGAAGCUGUUGGUUUCAUUCUAGAAGCUGUUUGUUUACUGUUCUAGAAGCUGUUUUUAUGUUCUAGAAUAUUUUUAUGUUUCUUUUCUAGAAGCUGUUUGUCAUUCUGGAAGCUGCCAAACUGCCCUGCUAGUUGUCUUCCUUCACAGAGCAUCAGCCAGUCAGCUACCCAGAGAUAAACUAGACAUACCAUGAUGGCUCUUUAUUACUGUAUAUACCCUGGGUCUGGGUCUCUCUAAAUCUGCUCAGUGGAAUACAACCGUGCCCAUUGUUAUCAUGGCGACAACACACCCACACACACACUCACUAGUGGACCUCACUGCCCAGUGUGUGUGUGUCUGGUGUGUGUGUGUGUGUGUGUGUGUGUGUGUGGUAUUUGUUGUUUCAGGUCUGAAGAAAAAGAAAGACAAGUAAAGCGUUCUUCUGUUGGUGGUGUUCCGGAACAGAGGUGUUCCGGAACUGUCUGUCUCACCAUCUUGUACAGUGUCUCUAGGUGAAGCCUAGACAUUACAUGUCACUGUCUGUAUUGACAGUCAUAUUACAUAUUAUAUUACAAUUCAAGAGGUUUUGUGUUUGUUGAUAUAACAGUCAACAGAUGAAAUAAUGCUGAAUAUAACUGACCUCCAGAAAGUCUAGUCUGUGGUGCCAUCUGCUCCUUGUAACACUAGCGCGUGUAACAGCGCCCUCUAGCUGCCGAGGGACUAGAGCUUUUAAAGGCCCAAUGCUGCAGCUCUUUUUUUAUCUGAAUAUCAAAUCGUUUCUGACGAAUUAGUACAUUUCUGUGAUUCUUUUAGACAAUUUAAAUUGAAAAUAAAUAAAUAAAAUAGCUUCUUAGCAAAGAGUAAUAUCUCAAGCAAGAAUUUUGCUAGGACUGUCGGAGUGGUGAGGGGGAAACUAGCUGUUAUUGGCAGAGAGAUUUCGAGCUCUUAUUGGUCUAUUAACUAAUUAACCGCCUGGUUACGUCACCAGGCAGGCCAAAACUCCAUCCCACCAAAACAGACUGAAAUUUCAGACGGUCGUUUCAAACAGCAUUAUGAAUUUCACAGUAUUAUUCCAACAUCAUAGCGUGGAAAUAUAUCAAACACAGGAAAGUUUUUGACUGCCUUGGCCCUUUAAAAUAAGUUUAAAAGUGAUGAAUGUAAUAUUGUGUGGGCAAAAUGUUCUGUUGAAUUCUGUGUAAUUGUGAAUUUUGAUUUAAAGAGCCGUUUGUUUUGAUUUUAAAAUUCAUUUGAUCUGAAUUGAUAUGGAAAAACGUUGAUUUACCCCUAAAAAAACCUUAAAGGUUGAAUAAAUUGACUUACACAUAGGA